AUGGUCUACAUCUCGUCCUGGCAGGAAUACCAAGAGGCCGCGGAGGCCCUCUAUGACAAGUCUCCCAACACGACGCGCUACUGCGUCAAGUGGAGGCAGUCGGCAGACGGCCAGGGCAAGCUCGUCCUCAAGAUCACCGACAACACCACCUGCUUGAAGUUCAAGACACAUUCCUCCGUCUUCCUUAACCGCUUCGAUGCCCUCAACCUCACUCUGAUGCAGAAGAUGCAGAACAAGCGUCCGACGCAGGCGUCGCCCGCCCCCGCCGCUCCUCAACCCGCGCCAAGUGCACCUCAGGACACUGCGCCCUCUGUGCCCGCACCAGCCGGUCCAGCGGGAGGGGUGAAGAAAAAGAAACCGAAGAAGAAAAAGUAG